AUGGGGGAGCUUGGGGUGGCGAAUCCAAAAGGCAACGACCCGUCGAAGGAGGCGCGCGAGGGUUUCGGGUCGGGGUGGAGAUCUCGUUCGCCGCCUGAUCUGGGUUCGAUUAAGGCAGAGUGUUUGACAGCGGCGGAGGAAGCCGCGGAACAAGUGUUGGACUGCGUGCACCCCACGCUUGACUCUGAGGAGAAACGACGAGACGUCGUUGAUUACGUUCAACAACUCGUCCAAAACCGUCUUAAUUGCGAGGUAGUUUCCUAUGGUUCAGUUCCACUCAAGACAUACCUACCUGACGGUGAUAUUGACUUGACUGUCCUCAAAGGCCCGAAUGCUGUUGAAUCUUUGGCCCACGAUGUCCUAGCUCUUUUACAGGAUGAAGAGCGGAAUGAAAAUGCAGAAUUCCAAGUAAAGGAAACACAAUUUAUUGAUGCUGAGGUAGUUAAACUUGUGAAAUGCUUUGUGAGGAACUUUGUAAUUGAUAUAUCCUUCAAUCAGUUAGGUGGACUUUCUACACUGUGUUUCCUCGAGCAGGUAGAUCGCCUUAUUGGGAGAGAUCAUCUCUUUAAACGAAGCAUUAUCCUAAUUAAGACUUGGUGCUAUUAUGAGAGUCGUAUCCUUGGUGCUCACCAUGGUUUAAUUUCUACAUAUGCCUUGGAGAUACUUGUUCUAUACAUAUUCAAUCAUUUCCAUUUAUCACUAUGUGGCCCUUUAUAUGCACUCUACAAAUUUUUGGAUUACUAUAGCCAAUUUGAUUGGGAUAAUUAUUGCAUCAGUUUGAAAGGUCCAGUUUGUAAAGCGUCCCUACCUGAUAUUGUCGUCAAGAUGCCUGAAGGUGGGAGGAAUCAUCUGUUGCUUAGUGAAGAAUUUCUGGAGAACUGUUUGGAAUUGUUCUCAGUUCCUUCAAGGGGGCUCAAGGCAAACUCACGAGCAUUUCAGCCAAAACAUCUUAAUAUAAUUGAUCCCCUCAAGGGAAAUAAUAAUCUUGGGCGCAGUGUUCACAGAGGUAAUUUCUACCGUAUACAGAGUGCAUUCAAAUUCGGGGCACACAAGCUCGGUCAAGUUCUUUUACAACCAAGAGCUAAAGUUGCUGAUGAGAUCUUCAAAUUUUUCACCAACACUCGUUCAAGGCAUGAACGCCAGUAUAAAAGUGGCAGUAGACAUUUGGCCUUUGAUUUUGGUGAUGAAGAGUCUUUCACCGAGUCUUUACCAUCCCAAGUCGAAUCAUUUUCUGAGGAGGACGACGAAAUGUUUCUAAAUUCAAUUGCCUCUGAAUUUGAUGACAUUAGUGUUAGCAUCGGACAUAUUAUGCCUAGUUUGGAUUUGAGGAAUGAAAUGGUAGACACACACUCAGUAGGUGAAGUUUCUCCCGAGAUGGUAUCUGAGGCUUGUUAUUCUGCAGACAGUGUUUUUGUUUCGAGAUAUCAUCUCUUGGGGCCCAGAUAUGGCUUUGCUACAUCCAACUCAAGCAGCAAUUACAGUGCGUCUCUUUCCGAUAACUAUUUCCACAAUCCACAUUCCAAAUGCUCGACCGAAAACGGAAGCUCGGAGCCACAACAGUCUGAUUUACCAUCUACUGACUCGGACAAGUUUGGGACCAUUUCGUGGAUGGACAACAAAAGUACUUGUCGAUGGUGUGUUGACAAUUGUGGGGCUGCCUGCUUGAAAGAUACGUAUUUCGAUUUUAUAGAAAACGACACUGCAAGCAUUGAAGGGGACUCGGAGGCCUUCAAUCCCUUGGCCGACCUAAGUGGAGAUUAUGACGGCAAUAUUAGAAGUUUGCUACGUGGUCAAUUAUGCCAUGGGUUUUCUUUGUCCUCAAGUGCCAAGAGCAACUGCUCGUCUUCUCCCAUAAUCCAGAAUAGAAAGCCACCGGAUGACGUUCGUCAAUCGACGCCUCUUACAAUGAAUAAUUGUAGUAAUAAUAAUAUACUUUCUCGGACGAGUUCCCACAUAGUAUCAACCGAUUCUCAACUUUCGGGCAGUACCUUCCAUUUUGAUGGGAAACAGAAAGCACGAGGAAUUGGAACCUACUUUCCUAAUAUGAAUGUUGUGCGCAUGGAAAGGUCUUCAUACGGGAGGGGGAAGAGUAAGGCACCGAGUAACGAGAAUAACUUCCAUCGGGAGGGUCAUGCUAAUGGCAUAUAUCCAGCUGGCACGACGAAGCCUUUUGAAAAAUAUGGUGGUUAUGAAGUUUUGCCCGCACGGAAAAGAUAUUAUGGACGUAAGAGGAGAUCAGAUGUCAUGAGGUCCUCCCAGUCUAAUAAUUAUUCUGUUGGUUGUGGGAAUCAAGAAAAUGGCUGUUUAAGUGCGUUGAGCAGAAUCGAAUUUGGGUCUAUUGGUAACUUAAGCAAAAAGGUGAUUUCACUUCCGGCUCACAUUAGUGGCUCGCCAAAGGGUGCAUCCCUGAAAACGCAUGGUUCGUCAGCAGUUUUGUUUCGACAAAGGGUUGCAGGGCAGUCAAUUCGCCUAAAGAACGAAGCUGAAUUCCCUCCACUGUGCCAAUAG